CGUUCAUUUGCCAUUUAAAAAUGACCGAGUUUAAUUCAGCACAUAAAAACUGAUAGAAAAAGGUCUCAAUCCCAAUCAACUACCCAUCAUUCACAUCUCCAAUUUGAUAUUUGUACACCAAGAGUUUGAGAUCUCAACAUUUAGUUCUUCAUUCAAGAAAGAAGAAUCAUAUUGUUGAUGGUGAGCAUGGCGUGGCCAAUCCUAUUUGUUUUUCCACCAGCUUCUGUGUUCAUCACAGCCAUGUCAGUGAUCUGCUUCACAGCGUCAGCUUAUGCCGGAUUCUCGGAGGUGAGAGGAAAGCACCUGGAGUGUUCCAAGUUCUGGAAGAAUAAUAGCAAUCAGUCCGAUUCUCAAAAAUCAAAGCAAAUUAACAUAUCUAGUAGAAGAGGCAUGCAGAUUACUUAUACUCCCGCAUUUCUUGCUAGUCUCACAUCCUUGGUGUUCUUUCCCCGUUACGGUGAUAUCAGAUAUCUAUUGUUCUCUUCAUGUCUAACUAUUCAUUUCCUCAAAAGACUUUUGGAGGUUCAAUUUGUUCACAAGUACAGUGGAGGGAUGGCACUUGAUACUGCGAUUUUUAUCUGUCUCAGUUACUUCACGUCUACUGCCACCAUGAUCUACGCUCAGCACCUUAAUAUAACCCAAGGGCCGGAGCCACAAAUUGAUUUGAAGUACCCUGGAAUUCUGUUGUUUCUACUUGGGAUAUCUGGCAAUUUCUACCAUCACUACCUACUUUCGCGAAUGAGAUCAUCAUCCUCUUCGUCUCCGUCGAACUCAAAAAGCAAUGAUGUUAUGGAUUAUAAGAUUCCAAGGGGUGGAUUGUUUGAGCUAGUGGUAUGCCCUCACUAUCUUUUUGAAAUCAUAGGAUUUGUAGGGUUCUCUUUUAUUUCUCAGACCUUGUAUGCAUUCGCCUUCGCGGUCGGAACAGCAUUCUAUUUGACUGGUAGGAGCUAUGCUACUAGGAGAUGGUAUCUUUCUAAGUUUAAACAUUUUCCCCAAAAUGUCAAGGCUCUCAUUCCAUAUCUUUUAUAGAUGUAAUGUAAGCAUGUUUGUAUCAGACUAUAAA